AUGGAGGAGGAGGGCUUUGGGAAAAGGAAUGCUGGGGCAAAGGGGAGUCUGGAGCCCGUUGUUGGGGGCCCUGGAUGCCACGCUCAGGCACAAGCCUCCGGCCGUUCCUACCCGGCCAGCCCCAGUCCGCCGGGGCCCCAGGCCAGCCCGGUGCUGCCAAUCAGCUACCGCCUGUCCCACACGAGGCUGGCCUUCUUCCUGCGGGAGGCGCGGCCCCCGCCGCCCUCGGUGGCCAACGGCUCCCUGCAGCGCUCCGAGCCCUUCGUGGUGUUCCAGACCAAGGAGCUGCCUGUUCUCAACGUGACCCUGGGGCCCUUCAGCACCAGCCAGGUGGUGGCCCGGGAGCUCCUGCAGCCGUCCAGCACCCUGGACAUCCCCGAGCGCCUGACGGUCAGCUGGAAGGUGCGAGCCUUCAUCGUCCACCCCCGCGUGCCCGCCUCGCAGCCCGUGGCCCAGGUGCUGUUCUACGUGGCCGGCCGGGACUGGGAUGACUUCGGCGUCACCGAGCGGCUGCCCUGCGUCCGCCUGCACGCCUUCCGGGACGCGCGGGAGGUCAAGAGCUCCUGCCGCCUCAGCGGGGGUCUGGCCACCUGUCUUGUGCGGGCCGAGCUGCCCCUGGCCUGGUUCGGGCCCCCCGCCCCGGCCGCGCCGCCCACCUCCCGGCGCAAGUCCCCGGAUGGGCUGGAGCCCGAGGCGGCGGGGGAGAGUCAGCAAGCCGAGCUCUACUACACUCUUCACGCCCCGGAUGCGUCGGGAGGCUGCGGGGGCACCCGGAGGGGCGCCGGGCCUGGAGGAGGGGCCCGGGCCGAGAGCCCCACCCAGCACCCCCUGCUGCGCAUCGGGAGCAUCAGCCUGUUCCGCCCGCCCCCCAGGCGGACCCUGCAGGAGCACAGGCUGGACAGCAACCUGAUGAUCCGCCUGCCCGACCGGCCCCUCAAGCCCGGGGAGGUGCUUAGCAUCUUCCUCUACCUGGCCCCCAACUCCUCCUCUCCCUCCAGCCCCAGCGUGGAGCACUUCACUCUCAGGGUGAAAGCCAAGAAGGGUGUGACCCUUCUAGGAACCAAGUCCCGGAGUGGCCAGUGGCACGUGACUUCAGAGCUGCUGACUGGGGCAAAGCAUUCGACAGCCACCGUGGAUGUGUCCUGGGCCCAGGGCACGCCGCUGCCCCCCUGGGAGGGCCAGGGACCCCUGGAGAUCCUGCAGCUGGACUUUGAGAUGGAGAACUUCACCAGCCAGUCCGUCAAGCGGAGGAUCAUGUGGCACAUUGACUACCGCGGCCACGGCGCCCUGCCUGAUCUGGAGCGGGCCGUCACCGAGCUGACGGUCAUCCAGCGGGAUGUGCAGGCCAUCCUGCCCCUGGCCAUGGACACAGAGAUCAUCAACACAGCCAUCCUGACCGGCCGAACUGUGGCCAUCCCUGUCAAGGUCAUCGCCAUCGAGGUCACCGGCCUUGUCCUAGAUGUCUCCGCGCUGGUGGAAUGUGAGUCUGACAACGAGGACAUCAUCAAGGUAUCGAGCAGCUGUGACUACGUCUUUGUCAGCGGGAAGGAGUCUCGCGGUUCCAUGAACGCCAGGGUCACCUUCCGAUAUGACGUCCUCAAUGCCCCACUGGAAAUGACAGUCUGGGUGCCCAAGCUGCCCCUGCACAUUGAGCUCUCGGAUGCCCGCCUCAGCCAAGUGAAGGGCUGGAGGGUACCUAUCCUUCCUGACCGGAGGUCAGCCCGGGAAAGCGAGGACGAAGAGGAGGAGGAGGAGGAGCGGAGGCAGAGCGCCAGCCGCGGCUGCACCCUGCAGUACCAGCACGCCACCCUGCAGGUCUUCACCCAGUUCCACACCACCUCAUCCGAGGGCACCGACCAGGUGGUCACCAUGCUGGGCCCGGACUGGCUGGUGGAGGUCACCGACCUGGUCAGUGACUUCAUGCGGGUGGGUGACCCCCGAGUGGCACGCAUGGUGGACAGCAGCACGCUGGCCGGCCUGGAGCCGGGCACCACCCCCUUCAAGGUGGUGUCCCCACUGACAGAGUCCGUGCUCGGGGAGACACUCCUGACAGUGACAGAGGAGAAGGUCACCAUCACGCAACUGCAGGCCCAGGUGGUGGCCAGCCUUGCUCUCUCCCUGCGGCCCAGCCCUGGCAGCAGCCACACCAUCCUGGCCACCACGGCCGCCCAGCAGACCCUCAGCUUCCUCAAGCAGGAAGCCCUCCUGAGCCUCUGGCUCUCCUACAGCGAUGGCACCACGGCCCCUCUCUCCCUCUACAGCCCCCGGGACUACGGGCUGCUGGUGAGCAGUCUGGACGAGCGAGUGGCCACAGUGACCCAGGACCGGGCCUUCCCACUGGUGGUGGCUGAGGCCGAGGGGGCUGGGGAGCUGCUCCGGGCAGAGCUUACCAUUGCUGAGAGCUGCCAGAAAACCAAGCGCAAGAGUGUGCUGGCCACGACCCCUGUGGGCCUGCGGGUGCACUUUGGGCGGGAUGAGGAGGACCCCACCUACGACUACCCCGGCCCCAGCCAGCCAGGGCCCGGCGGGGGCGAGGACGAGGCCCGGGGCGCUGGCCCGCCGGGCACUGCGGCACCCCCACCCGAGGCUGCGGACCCUGGCACCACCAGCCCGGCCAUGCCGCCCACGGAAGAUUUCCUGCCGAUGCCCACCGGCUUCCUGCAGAUGCCGCGGGGGCUGACGGACCUGGAGAUCGGCAUGUACGCGCUGCUGGGCGUCUUCUGCCUCGCCAUCCUCGUCUUCCUCAUCAACUGCAUCGUCUUCGUGCUGCGCUACCGACACAAGCGCAUCCCACCCGAGGGCCAGACCAGCAUGGACCACUCUCACCACUGGGUGUUCCUGGGCAACGGGCAGCCGCUGCGGGUGCAGGGGGAGCUGUCUCCGCCCGCCAGCAACCCGAUGGAGACGGUGCCCGCCUGCUGCCAUGGUGACCACCACAGCAGCGGCAGCUCACAGACCAGCGUCCAGAGCCAGGUGCACGGGCGGGGUGACGGCUCCUCGGGCGGCUCGGCCCGGGACCAGGCCGAGGACCCCGCCAGCUCGCCCACGUCCAAGCGCAAGCGGGUCAAGUUUACCACCUUCACCACGCUGCCCUCGGAGGAGCUGGCCUAUGACUCGGUGCCCGCCGGUGAAGAGGAUGAGGAGGACGAAGAGGACCUGGGAUGGGGCUGCCCGGACGUGGCGGGCACCACGCGGCCCACUCCACCCGCUGACCUGCACAAUUACAUGCGCAGAAUCAAAGAGAUUGCGUAGAGGUGCCGUCCUCUCCCGCUUGGGUGGGCUCUGUGUGGCAUACAGCCGGGACCCUGCUCACGCCCCCUGUCGCGGGCCAGCUGGAGUGGAUUUUAUACUGUGGCCCCUGCAGCUUUGCUCCUCCCGCUGGUCCUUCCUGCUCACCUGGCAUCCUACCCUCCUCUGCCCCCAAAGGUGGAGGGCGCCCUCCUCCUGGAGCUUGCCAAGAGGAAAGCAAUCCCAGCCCUCAUUCUGCCCUUUCCAAACCCCUCCUGUCUUAGAUCACGCCCCCUGCCCCAAGACAGGGACAGGGAGCCAAGCUUGGGCCAAGGGACUAUACAAUGCCCCACCCCGCCCCCUAUGUCCCCUGUCUUCCCCUGAAAUAGGGGGCUUCUUCGGGGGGUCUUGUGUCACAAGCUGCACAAAGACUUUUCUCAAACCACUAUUCAGGGAUUUCUGUCCUGCAGGGUGGGGCAGGGGUGGUGGCAGCUGCCUGCCCUGCUAAGGAUCUUGCAAUGGACAAAAUAUCUAGGGGCAGGGGGCAUCUGUAGCACCUGCUGGCUUCUGGGUGCCCCCCAGUCCCUUCCCAAAACCUGGGAGCUGACUCUACAGAGGGGUCUGGGGCCAAGCCAGGCACCUUCCUGAGAUCUCAGGACUCCAUCCUCUGCCCCCAGGGCUGUGGGCAGGCCCUCAAGGGGGAGGAGCCCUCGGUCCACCCCAGAGCACUGUGGUCUGGGCGCCCAGGAACCCUGGGUGCCUCCUGCCCACCCCUCAGCAAGGUCAACACUACGCCUUAGCUCCUCCCCCUCCGCUGACCACGCCUUCCUCUCUGCAGGGGCAGCCACCCAUUCCCCCACCAGGCAGAACCCCGUGGGAGGGGGAGAGGGCACCAGGCAAGGCUGGGGGGGGGGGCCCUGGGAUGAGCAAGGCAGAAGGGAGCCGGCAUCUCCCCUACCCCAUCCCACAGCCACCCUUCUCUUGGGUUCUACCCACCACUGUGUCGGAUUUUUUUCUUAAAUAAAUGGAAGUGACCAGACUAGGGGCGGGGGCAGCAGCUCCCAGAGAACAGACAGUA